CUGACUCUCCCGCGCGGCCCAGGAGGAUGAACGGCGGCAAGAAGAAGUUCGGCGGCGGGCGGGUGCCGACGGGGACCCCCUCGCUGGCGUGGUCGUCGGUGGUGGUGGUCGCCUCCCUCCUCGCCGGCGCCUCCAUCGUCCACAACAUCUACAAGCCCGACAUGACUCUCCCGCCGGUGGAGGUUGCUGACAGCAAUGGAUCUGGAGCCGGCAGCGGCGAUCGCAAGGAGAGCUGAGCUAGACCCGACGGCGGCAGCACCGGUGCUCGAGGCUCGAGAGGAUAGAUAACUAAGGGCCGUUACUUUGUUUCUAGCUCGCUACAAACAUAUGUGAUGGAGUUCUUCGUUUUCUAAUCUUCAGACAGGCUUGAACAAAACAAUUCGAGCUUUCAGAGCUUGUACUCUGCUUAAUCUGCUCUACUAUUGUUCUUUGUAUGGUGAUGAUUGAUGAUCGAUUGAUUGUGCUUGUUAUAUUACUCGGUUAGUCGAAGA